UCGCCGUAGUUGCCGAGUCACAGUGGGAAUACCGUUUCUACGAAGGCGCCGGUAAAACUACGAGAAAUGGAGUCCAAACAUGAGGUUGCUGAAGAAGAAACGAGAGCGUUAUUGGAAGUCGUUGCCUCCACUGGGAAAUUCUGGCACCACUGGGAUGUAUUAAAGAGCUCGCUAUCCUAUCACCUGAAGCAGGUCCUGUCUGAGUAUCCAGAGGCAAACAUGACUCCCGAGCAACAAAAUUCUUCAUUAGGAGAGACGUACCCUGAGCUGGUGAAAAGAUUGGAUGAAGCUUUACUCAGUUUUGUAGAAGGUCCUCCAUUUACCCUGCAGCGGUUUUGUGAGAUCCUAUUGAAUGCACAAAGCAUUUACUCAAAUCUCUCAAAGCUUGCUCUUGCACUAGAAAAGAAUCUGUCAGUGACAUCUACGUUGGCAAUCUGCACUGAUGCAUGUUCACCAACGGUGACUGGAAAACUAGAGAAACCUGACAAGGGACAUGAGAAACAUCUGGUGCACUCUAAUGCAAUACAGAUGGGAUCGAAGCUGUGACAAGAUACAAAAAGAUAAAAUAGCGUGCACCAUGGAAGCGAUUAAAGAAAUAGUUGAAUUAUCUGAGUCAAAUUAUGUUCUUCCCUUGAUUUUCAGAUCUUUGAGGUGUUUUCUUUGUAAAGCAGUUAAGUUUUAUGGAGUAGGCCCGAUGUUUCCUCGUGAGAGACUCAUGAUGAUCAAUGCUUUUUGAAGCCAUGUUCUUGGUCUGUUCUUUUUGUUGCUCUGGUUCCUUUAAAAUUUGCAAUGGUAAGGGGAAGUGUAACUGCUGCCUCCAUUAAAUCACCUUAUUCAGUUUGGAUGAUUCUGGCCUCAUUUAGUCACCUUGUUCUUGUGAAUGACGUUUGUACAUAUGGUUGAUUAAGAUUGAGGAUUUUUUGACUCUUCAGCCUUGAACUUUGGCCCCAAUUCUGUGUUGCAUAACAGGUUGACCAAUCU